CGUGUGCCACGGACCUAGCUCGCGUGGGACUGCUGCAGGUGCCGGCGGAGGUGGUUGACCAUGCAACGGCCGCUUGGUCCGCGUGCGAGUCCGUUCGGUUGGAACUGUACCGCAGAAGGGACGAGCUGAAUGAGGCGGCGGCGGCGGCGGUGGACGUUUUACCUGACUUUGUGACCUCAGCGGAGCUCUUGAACCGCCAGCGCGACGCGCUUCAGGACUGGCGGCAGCAGCAGCCGCCGGCGCUGGUGCGGGAGCUGGCGGCAGCGCUGCCGGCGCUGGUGGCGGAGGCGGAGGCGGCGGAGGCGGCAGAGGCGAGCCGACAUGGGUCAUCAUCGCCGUCGGCAGCGGAG